ACGCAGUCACUCCAGGAGUCACAUUGUUAUCCAUCACAUCUAUUUUUCCAGGACAAGUAGAUGUGAGCAGUGUGCACAUAUUGACUGAUGAGACAAACUGAUUGACUUGUGAGACAAGCUGAUUGAUUUUCGAGGGUGGAUUUCAGUUUGUUGGCCAACGGUCUGCUGGAGAAACAAGUGACAAAGAGAAGCCUGGCUCUGGAACUUGAUAUUGCUAAACAAUAGCGCAGAUAAGUUACCAUGGAAACUAUUUUGCUCUUCCUCUCGUCACUCCUGGUGUGUGUGGCUGCUGUAACAGACCCCAGUGCACAGGAUGACAAGGAGACAGUUGAAAACCCAUUUGUUUAUGACUAUGAGAGCCUGAGGAUUGGGGGAUUGGCAUUUGCUGUAGUGCUGUUCACACUGGGCAUUCUUCUCAUCCUUAGUCGACGAUGGCGCUGCAGUAUCAACCAGAAGCCCAGGGCCCCCGGAGACGAGGAGGCAAAGGAGGACAACCUGAUUGUCUCCAAGGUUGCUGUGGCUGCCACAGAGACUCCAGCAGAGGACUGAGGCAACUCCACUGAAACCAAACUGCCUUCUGAAGUGAUGAUCGGUUUUAUUUGAUAUUACAGUAAACCACUAUAGCAGUGAAGAAAUGGAUGAUUAUUAUAACUGGUUAUAUGACAGGGUAAUUGAGGAGGUAUACUAUAUGUUUAGAGGAGUAAUAUUUACAUAAAUGUUGUGCCCGAAAAACAAACCUUUAGCCUGUUGUGCUCCAUUGUGACCGUGCCAGUCCCUCAGUGCUCCUGUCCGUUCCUGUGCCUUUCUGUUCCAGUUCUUUGUCUUAGCCAGUAGCACUUUUGACACAAGAUUGUCUCUGAAGCCCUACAAGAUGUUAUAAUGUUGUGUGGUCUGCUGUUCUUCGUUUUGUACUUCUAUCUAUUGCCCUUUAGGUUUUAGGAUUUGUUAGUGUGUUGUUUAAUUUGUCAGUUGUCCUGGAUAAUGUUUGUCACAUUUGGAUUAUCACAUAUAUGCAUAAAUAUUGUUUACAUAUAUAAGUAUUUAUAUAUAUAUAUAUAUAUAUAUAUAAAUACAGAUAGUUUAUAGAUAAGAUAUAC